AUGCCUUCCGAGGAUGGAACCUCGUCCGCGAAUGCCCAUCAUGCGGAAGUGGUAUCCGAUCAAGACGAGCCACAAGCCUCGAGUCAAGGACUCAUAGCCCGCGGAACGGCGCAUCAAUCGCGUGGGAAACUUAGCGACAAGAAUUUGCCGCUGGGGGGCGUCGCAAGACAUACCCUGGGCGUGUCGUUGCUGUUGGUCGUCGUCGUCUUGUGGACUCUGUCGAAUUUCCUCGCGAGCACUAUCUUUGCCGAUAACACGUACUCCAAGCCUUUUUUCAUUACUUAUUUGAGUACUGGAGUGUUCACUUUGACGCUCAUCCCGCUCACGUUGCGACAUAUAUUCCAAUGGUGGAAAGAAAGGAGAUCGAAUACAACUGGGUUGCUGCAGACAGAAGCGGGACGACGGGAUGGAGAGGAAUCACACCCAUUUCUUACUUCAGGUGAAGAUGUCAACGGAAAUCAGCAGGAUGGACCUGGUCCUGUAGCAGGAGUAUUGCCCUGUUAUAAUAAGGAAACGGGCCCAGGCAGAAUGGACUUCCGGGCGACCGCACGAUUAAGCCUUCAAUUUUGUCUUUUGUGGGCGUAUGGACACUGA